GACCAGCUCCCUGGGCCGGAAGAAGGAAGGCGCAAGCCAGGACGAGGCAGUGGCCGGUAGAGACCUGCCCCAAGGGGUGGGGGCGGCGUGGAGGAGGUGGAGACCGGCGGUCAGCUGUGUGCCAGCUCAGUUGUCAUGUCCCGCCAGGCAAAAGAUGACUACCUGCGACACUACACAGUCUCCGACCCCAGGACCCACCCCAAGGGCUACACCGAGUACAAAGUAACUGCGCAGUUCAUCUCAAAGAAGGACCCAGAGGAUGUCAAAGAGGUGGUGAUCUGGAAACGGUACAGUGACUUCCGCAAGCUGCAUGGAGACCUGGCCUACACCCACCGCAACCUCUUCCGCAGGCUCGAGGAGUUUCCCGCCUUCCCCCGGGCCCAGGUGUUUGGCCGUUUCGAAGCCUCAGUGAUCGAGGAGCGACGGAAGGGGGCAGAGGACUUGCUUCGCUUCACUGUGCACAUACCUGCACUCAACAACAGCCCCCAGCUCAAGGAGUUCUUCCGGGGCGGGGAAGUGACACAGCCCUCUGAGGUGCCCAGGGACCUGCACAUUCUGCCACCUCCUCUGAUCCCAACCCCAUCCCCCGAAGAGCCUCGACUGCCCCAGCCACUCCCUGCGGAAAGGAGGGGCCUUGAGGAACUGGAGGUGCCAGUGGACCCCCCACCAUCAAGCCCUGCUCAGGAGGCCCUGGAUCUGCUCUUUAACUGUGGGAGCAUUGAGGAAGUGUCCAGUUCCCCUGCCCGAGGCCUGCUUACCGAGGCUGAGCUUGCCCUCUUUGACCCCUUCUCCAAGGAAGAAGGAGCAGGCCCCAGCCCCACUCAUAUAGGUGAGCUGGCAUCAGUGCAGGUAGAGUCUGAAAGGCUGGACCAGGAACCCUGGGAGCCAGGAGGGCAACAGGAGGAAGAGGAUGAGGAAGGAGGGCCCACCCCUGCCUAUUUGAGCCAGGCCACGGAGCUCAUCACCCAGGCCCUGCGGGAUGAGAAGGCAGGCGCCUACCCUGCUGCACUCCAGGGCUACCGAGAUGGUGUGCAUGUGCUGCUUCAGGGAGUGCACAAUGAUCCAUCCCCUGCCCGCCGGGAAGGUGUGAAGAGGAAGGCGGCUGAGUACCUGAAGCGGGCAGAGGAGAUCCUGAACCUGCACCUGUCUUCACUUCCACCCUGAGAGGGAGCAGACUUUUCCCCAGGACUCUAGCUCCAGCACUGCCAGCCACCCCUUCUCUCUCCAGGGUCUGGCCCUACCCCUUGGUGUUGUAACCCCAGGGGCCAUUUCUAUAUGUAACUGGACAAAGAGAGAGAAAAACAAUGAACUCUCAGCUCCCUGCCUACACGUGCACUUUGGCAUUAGAGACCUGCACUUCUGAUCCUGCCUGUCUUGAUGUGUGAAUGGCGGCUCUGGUCACUGAACUAUUAAUUUGAGUUUAACAUCUAGAACUGGGGUCUGCAAACUACAGCCUGUAGCCAAAUCUGACCCAUAGCCUUUUUUUUGUAAGGCCUAUGAACUAUACUGUUUUUUACAUAUUUUAAUGCUUGGAAAAAACCAAAAGAAUAAUGUUCUGUGACAGAUGAAAAUUAUAUGAAAUUUAAGUGUCUGUA